AUGACCAGGAACGAGACGACCAUCCAUCGCCAGGGCAGCACAGACAGCUCGUGGAGCGCGCGCACUGGCGACACCGUGCGGCCCCACGGCCGCCAUGGCUCUCUGCGCGGGACGCCCGUUACGGUCAAGACUGGCAAGGACCCAAAUGCUCCUGUCGAAAAGGAGUCUGACGUCUCCCCCACCACCAUCCCUCCCGCUCCUCCCCCCAAAGAUCCCCGGCAUCAACCUCGCAAGCCGCCGACCUGGGACGGUCCCGUCUCGAACGACUUCCGCGACUAUCGAAAGGACCUUGCCGUACUGCAGACCUCGGGCGGAGGGGUACCCUCGAUUUCGCGCAACCCGCCAACCGCCUCGAGCGCAAACAUCAACCCACCGUGGGCGUCGUCAGGUCCUAAUGGUGGUACCAACAUGGCGAACAGUGUAUGGAGCAGCUUCUUCAAUGACUCAGACACCGACGAUAUCGCACAACUGUCACCUGGCUUCAACCCAGCCGGUGGCAACUCGAGAGAAGAUGCUAUGGGCUUUCCGAGAGACGACCGGAGGCCCUCGGUGGCCAGCGCUAUGACUGUCAGCAGUACUGGUUCGAGAUCGAGUUUCAGCAGAGGUUUCCACAAGAAGCUGGCAAACGUGUUUGGUGAAGACUUUCCCGGUGAUGGUCGUCAAAACUCAGACUCUAGCUUGAACGGGAGGUCGCACAUUACAGAAACACAGUCGCUGCAUGCGCCGCGGAAUCGUGGCAACUCGUUGAACAAUACUUUUGGCAAUGGCGGCUACAACUCGAGGCCAACUUCCCCGACCAGCUCGCGGCCACGCACACCGCAGCCGUCCUCAGAAGUCACGCCUUGGGAGUUUCAAGCACCGCAGGAUGCGCCUUCCUCGACAGAGGACGGGCGCAGAAGAUCCUCGGAGCAAGCAUCAACCAAGUCAGGCCAUCGCACGCACAAAAUAACCUCUAGAUUACCCGGCCAUCGACAUCACCGCAGCAAAGAGGAAAACAAGACAGCGCCCGACAGUCGAGGCGAUAUAAGCGCUCCGUACCCUUUACGACCUGCCACCAGCCGCGAGGACUCCUACAGCGCGCGUGGUCGAGUCCAGCCGCAGCAAUCGGCCCUGAGCUCUGCAUUCGCUUCGAAGACAAGUUUGCUACCGCGCGCAGCAAGCCCAACACCAAGCACAUAUUCAGAGAUGACACAGCACUCCGUGGCACAGUCACAGUCACCUAGCACCAGUAAAGGCCCCGGUCGAUUCUUUGCGCGCCUACGUGGGAAAGACAAAGCGGAGCAUCACCUGGCAGUGGAAAGUCUCAAGACCAUGCCUGCCGGGUCGUCGCAAAUCUCCCUCCCUCCCUCCAUGAACGGCCCACCUUCAGCACGCGCAGAUCCCACCCAGCCCUCUUUCAUAUCGAGAAAGAAGUCCACGUUUGAACAAUUGAAGGGGCCGAGUAAUGUUUCGAAAGAGGGCAAGAAAGCACACAGCCGGCUACCGUUCAAGUCUUCAGACAAACGCCAAAUGUCACUAGCAGAACCAAGGGGGAAGGAUCCCAACGAAGCGAAGGCGGACACCACAGGGAACGAAGCCAUGUGGUUCUUGGACACAAAACUGGAUGACAUGAGCGGGAUCGUGAAUCCACAACAACCGCCGAUGACGCCUCCGACCGGCGAUGUGCAGCAUAUGGCUCUGGCUGGAGACGACGAGCCUGGGCCGAAGGAUGAUACGUGGGAUGCACCUGACUCUUGGGCUGUGAAAAGACUUGAUGAAUUGCGCGAACAGUCAAUCGACGAGCCUGAGGUCGCCGCGAGGGAACAAAACGACACAAGGACCUACUGUUUGCGCAUAUUUAGGGCCGACUCCACAUUCGCGACUUUGUCUGCUACGCUGAAUACCACAGUCGUGGAGAUCAUCCAGAUACUUGGCAAGAAGACUGUACUUCAAGACGAGCUGGACAACUACCACAUUGUAAUGCGAAAACACGACACCUCGAGGCAACUGGAAUCGAGCGAGCGACCAUUGCUGAUACAAAAACGUCUCUUGGAGCAAGCUGGGUACGCGGAAGCUGACCGUCUAGAAGAUGUUGGGCGAGAAGACAACAGCUACCUUUGCAGAUUCACGUUCUUGCCAGCCAAGAUGAGCGGUUUCUCCAGUCUGGAAAAGGACCCAGGUUUCAAGCAAAUGCAAAAGUUCAGCCAUAUCGACCUCCAAGGCAAAAACCUGAUUACGAUCCCCAUCACGCUCUACCAGAAGGCUACCGAGAUCAUUUCGCUGAACUUAUCUCGCAAUUUGUCCCUCGAUGUACCGAAGGACUUCAUUCAAGCCUGUACGAACCUUAGGGAGAUCAAGUACACCAGCAACGACGCCAGACGAUUGCCUCCCAGCCUGAGCAUGGCAAGUCGACUCACCAUGCUCGACAUAUCCAACAACUGUCUCCAAACCCUUGAUCGAGCGGAACUGCAAAAGCUACAAAGUCUGCAAGGCCUUCGACUAUCGAAUAACGGACUGACAUCUCUACCGGCUUACUUUGGCCAGUAUCGUGCUCUACGCAGCCUCAACCUGAGUUCAAACUCUUUGACUGAGUUUCCCGACUUCCUCUGCGAAGUUCGCACCCUCGUUGACCUCGACAUCAGUUUUAACUCAAUAUCGAGCCUGCCAAAGAUUGGCCAACUGACUUGUCUCGAAAGGUUAUGGGCAACUAACAACAAGCUGUCUGGUAGCUUCCCUCCCAACUUCAGCCAACUGAUCAACUUACGAGAAGUGGACGUACGUUUCAAUGCUCUCGACAGCAUGGAUGUUAUGUCGCAACUACCGCGUCUCGAGUUCCUCAUGAUCGGACACAACUCGAUAUCCGCUUUUGAAGGGUAUUUCCCCAAGAUCCGCGUUUUGCAUAUGAAUCACAAUCCUGUGACACGUUUUGGUCUGAGUGGGCCGGUGCCCUCUUUGACCGUACUUAACCUCGCAUCUGCCAAGCUGGCUCAGCUGCCUGAAGACCUGUUCCAGAAGCUCACAGGACUUACAAAGCUGAUCUUGGACAAGAACCACUUCACAUCGCUCUCGAACAACAUUGGCAGACUGUACAGGCUGGAGCAUCUUAGUGUUGCGCGCAAUUCUCUGGACGAUCUACCAGCCGAGAUUGGGCGUCUUGUCGAGCUUCGCUAUCUCGAUGUACGCGAAAACAAUCUUGGGCGACUACCUCCGGAGAUCUGGUACGCUCGUCGGUUGGAAACACUCAACGUCUCCUCCAACGUGCUGGAUGCUUUCCCAAAGCCAAGCGCGGCGCCUCCCGCAGAGGCGAAUAGUGGAAUACAGUUGGAUGGUUCACACUCGAUAUCUAAUCCAACUCUGGGAUCAAGCCCAAGCUACGAAGAGCUUGGUAAGCUGGAAGACUUCCAAAAUCGACGCCCUAGUCAGGCGUCAGGUGGUUUUCUCAAUUCAGGCACUUCACCAGCAUCUUCGAACCGGAAGGGAUCAAUGGCGUCCUUCAACACGACCAGCACAGCACGGAAACCAUCAGCAACAUCUCGAGCACCGACCGAAGGGACCCUUACACCAGUGUCGCGCAAAGACUCUAGCUUGUCUAGUCGACUGGUCACGACCUUUGCCGGUUCACUUCGACACCUCUUCUUGGCCGACAAUAGGCUUGAAGAUAACGUAUUCGACGAACUCUGCCUCCUGCCUGAGUUGAGGAUAGUCAAUCUGUCAUACAACUUGAUCUACGAUGUUCCCCCAAGGACGAUCAGGAGAUGGCAACAUCUUGCCGAGCUCUACCUCUCGGGUAAUGACCUGACAUCAUUGCCUUCAGAGGAUCUGGAAGAGGUUGGCUCGCUCAAAGUGCUCCACAUUAACAACAACAAAUUCCAAGUACUUCCUGCUGAGCUUGGAAAGGUCGCGCAGCUCGCCGUUUUGGACGUUGCCAGCAAUUCUUUGAAGUACAAUGUCUCUAAUUGGCCCUACGACUGGAACUGGAACUGGAAUCAUAAGCUGAGAUAUCUCAACUUGUCCGGCAACAAGCGACUCGAAAUUAAGCCAAGCGGCUCGUACAGUGGAAGCGGUGUUGCCAUGCGAGAAGGGCGCGAUUUGACCGACUUCACUGCACUUGUCAGCCUACGAGUUCUUGGACUUAUGGACGUAACCAUGAUGAUUCCAUCUGUGCCCGAGCAGACUGAAGACAGGAGAGUGCGAACAGCAGGGUCAGCUGUAGGUACCAUGGCCUAUGGUAUGGCCGAUAGCUUGGGUAGAACAGAGCACAUAUCGACCAUGGACAUGGUCGUACCUCGCUUCCGCAGUCAUGAUGACGAGCAAGUCUUAGGCCUGUUCGAUGCCCAGCCACUUGCUGGUGGAGGAUCCAAGAUCGCCAAGUUCCUGUAUGACAACUUCAAGAAUCGCUUCGCCGAUGAGCUGGACCGCUUGCGACCGAACGAGAACCCAGUCGAUGCUUUGCGACGUACUUACCUGGGUCUCAAUAAGGAAUUAGCAACUGCUGCCUCCCAGUCCCUAGACCACAACGCAUACACACCGCCAACGCAGCCUAGAGGUGCUGUGCCCGAGCUUGGGGAUGAUGAUCUUACCUCUGGAUGCGUCGCCACAGUCAUGUAUCUGAAGGAAAUGGAGCUCUACAUGUCCAACGUUGGCGAUGCGCAAGCACUGUUGAUCCGUUCAGAAGGUGGACACAAGAUCCUUACACGCAAGCACGACCCUGCUGAGCCCAGCGAGCGCGCCAGGAUUCGAGAAGCUGGAGGUUUCGUCUCACGGCAAGGCAAGCUGAACGACGUUCUUGAGGUGUCACGAGCUUUUGGCUACGUACAGAUGUCUCCAUCUGUCAUAGCGUCGCCGCACAUCAUCAACCUCACACUCGGUGACACAGAUGAGAUGAUCCUUGUAGCUUCUCGAGAACUGUGGGAGUACCUCACACCGGACUUUGCUGUUGAUGUGGCACGAUCUGAGCGCAACGAUCUUAUGCGAGCUGCGCAAAAGCUUCGAGAUCUCGCGAUCGCGUUUGGUGCUACAAACAAGAUCCAUGUCAUGCUGCUUGGUGUCAGCGACCUCAAGAGCAAGCAGAGGGCCCGGUUUCGCACGCACAGUAUGUCCAUGGGACCUACCGGCUCGCCGGAUGACUUCGCUAUCAAUCGCAGACCAGGGAAGAGGGCCAGGAACAUGGUUGGUGAUUCGAAACUUGCUCGCCUCGAUCAAGAGGUAGAUGCACCAACCGGCGAAGUCAGCUUGGUGUUCACAGAUAUCAAGAGCUCGACUUUGCUUUGGGAGACCUACCCCAUCGCCAUGAGAUCCGCAAUCAAGAUGCACAACGAGCUGAUGCGUCGACAAUUGCGCAUCAUUGGUGGAUACGAGGUCAAGACUGAGGGUGAUGCCUUCAUGGUUGCUUUUAGAACCGUUACGUCGGCCCUUCUAUGGUGCUUCACGAUCCAAAGCCAGCUCUUGGAAGUGCAAUGGCCGCAAGAGAUCCUGAACAGCGUCAACGGCCAAGAGGUCGUCGACGCCGAAGGGAAUGUCAUCUUUCGUGGUCUCUCAGUUCGUAUGGGUAUCCAUUGGGGUCGGCCUGUGUGCGAGGUUGAUCCAGUCACUAAACGUAUGGAUUACUUUGGACCCAUGGUCAACAGGGCGUCACGUAUUUCAUCGGUGGCCGACGGUGGGCAAAUAACAGUUUCCUCCGAUUUUAUCGCCGAAAUUCAACGUCUACUCGAAACUCACAUCGAAGGCGACCGCAGCAAUUCUACGGGCUCCGAAGAGGCGUAUGGCGACGAUGUUCACAGUCAGCUUAUUAGGCAGGAACUCCGGUCUCUCAGCAGUCAAGGUUUCGAAGUCAAGGAUCUUGGUGAGCGCCGCCUCAAAGGCCUCGAGAAUCCUGAGUACAUCUACUUGAUGUACCCGCACUCGCUCGCUAGCCGUCUCAUAAUACAACGCCAGCAUGAGCAACAAGAAGCACCGCCUGUCCAGGAACCAUCCAUUGGCCAGAAGAUGCGGGAUAGUCAGCUCACAAUCGACACAGAAGACGUAUGGGAUCUUUGGAACAUUAGUCUGCGUCUUGAGAUGUUGUGUAGUACUCUUGAGAAUCCCGAGAGUUCAGAGCUUAAGGCGCCUGAGACAGCAUUGCUUGAGCGCAUGAAGAACAAGGGCGGCGAAAUUACAGAUCGAUUCUUGAUCAACUUCGUCGAGCACCAGAUCUCAAGGAUUGAGUCUUGUGCUACUACACUCGCCCUACGACAUAUGAUGCGGCCUUUCGGCUCCGCACCUUUGGUGCAACAAGCCUGCAAUAUGGGUGAUAUAUUUUCUGAGCUCGAGGCAAAGUUGAAGCGCCUCGAACAAUUCGAGCAAGAAGCAAUGGCGGACAUGGCCCCUGCAUAA